AUGUCUUCUAAACUCUGUGACUCAUGUCAAUCCGCCACCGCCACUCUCUACUGCCGCCCUGACUCCGCCUUCCUAUGCGCCUCCUGUGACUCCAAAGUCCACGCCGCUAACAAACUCGCGUCCCGUCACUAUCGCGUUACUCUAUGCGAAGUCUGCGAGCAAGCACCUGCACACGUCACCUGUAAGGCCGACGCCGCCGCUCUAUGCAUCUCCUGCGACCGUGACAUCCACUCUGCUAACCCCCUCGCCGCUCGCCAUGAGCGUCUUCCUAUUACUCCUCUCUCCGAAUCCAUCACUUCUCACUCCGAGAAGGCGCUUCACAAUAACAACAACUACGAUGCUGUUAAAGAUGAAGCCGAAGCUGCUUCGUGGUUGCUCACCGAUCCUAAGGCGGAUCUUAACUCAUCUCCUUACAUUUUCUCCGAUUCCGAAGCUAUUCCAUUCAUGGAUCUCGAUUACGGUGUAAUCGAACAUAAAAAUGUCGACGGUGUCGUUCCCGAUCACGGUAACUUCGAUCUUUUCGCUUAUGCGUUCAAAAACAACAACGUGCAGUCACGUACAGAGUUAGAGACGCCGACACCGUCACAGUCGCAGAUUAGUCACAGUGUUGUGUCAUCGUCGAUGGAAGUCGGAGUUGUUCCUGACGGAGACGCUGUAUCAGAGGUAUCUAACGAUGGAUACGGCAAGGUGGCGGUGGCGGCGGAUCGCGAAGCUAAGGUAAUGAGGUAUAGAGAGAAGAGGAAGAAUCGAAGAUUCGCGAAGACGAUUCGUUACGCUUCUCGUAAAGCUUAUGCGGAAACUAGGCCAAGGAUCAAAGGACGGUUUGCGAAACGUACAGAUGCCGUUGAUUCUCUCGGUGGAUACGGCGUCGUUCCUACUUGUUGA